AUGCGAAAAUAAGCGAUGACUAUCUUUGUACUCCUGGCUACAAUUUGGUUAGAAAUGAUCGAGCUCAGGAGAAGAGAGGAGGAGGGCAGUAACACAUCUCAGCAGGUGUGGUUGAAUAUUAUUAUGACUAAAUUGUCUCUGGUUGUUGGGGUGGUAUAUAAAUCGCCUGAAGUGAACGGUAAGAUAUUCUGUGAUGAAUUUGAGGAGACUUGUUCUGAGUUUUUACUCAAGGUUGACUUCUUCAUUUGUUUAGGGGACCUAAAUAUUAAUAUUUUAGAUACAGCGUCGCAUAAAACACGUUAUUAUUUGAACAUGUUAGAAUGUGUAGGUUUGGUUCAAAUUAUUAAUGAAGCAACUCGAUCUGACACGGCACUCUUAGACCACAUAUUGGUAUCCGACAUUAAUCGUAUACGAGAAUCUGGCAUUGGUGGCACAUUAUUCGCUGAUCAUGAAACCAUCUUCUGUGAAAUCGAACACGAUAAAACUGAACCAUAUAAUUUCUACAAAACGACAUUCAAAGAGUGGCAUGGCAAAGGAUAUUCUACUUGAGGGACGUAGACUCAAAAAUAAAUUAUCUUAAUAAUCAUAUACUAAAUAUAAUAAACAAACACGCACCCUUAAAAAUAGUUUCAGGAAAAACCAAACCCCAGGCUCCGUGGUUAUCUGAUAACACGAAAUACUUAAUGCGUCUAAGGGACAAAGCUUACUGUAAAUUCAAGCAUACCAAAUCUCCCCAGCAGUGGGAAUACUAUAAAGCGCUUCGUAAUCUCACCAACAAAACUGUAAAGUUGGAAAAAAAAGCGUUUGUUGAAUUUAAACUUAGAGGAAAUGACCCUAAAGUCUUGUGGAGAGAGCUUAAAAAAUUAAAAGUUGUUGCCAAUAAGGAGAAAUUAAUUCCUCCGCAUCUUC